GGAGGGGGAAUGUGGGGAUGAUUGGGGUUUUGGCGAUGAUACUUGCUGGAGCUAGUCGCGCUUGCGGUUUGUGGUUGUCAAGGUAGGGGCAAUUCUUGGUUUCGCUACCGGAGCUGGCCGAGAUAAAUCCAAUGGAACAGGGAGCACGGGCCUUCGCAGCAUGGGAUUUUCCCCUCCUUCCCCCCUUCCCCUCCCUACCAGGAACUCGAGUGCCAGUACGGUACUGUUACUCGUACCGGUACUCGAGCACCAUCUGUGUCUAGCAGCUCUAUCCUACUCGAGCAUGACAGCUCCUUUGGACAACUGCAGGAAAGAAAAAGAAAAAAGAAAAAAGAAAAAAAGAAAAAAAAAACCAAUACAAAUCAAUCUUGAUCUCAUCCCAAGGGAUCUGCUUGCCUGCCUAUGGCUUUUCUUAUUUUACAAUCCAGACAGCAAGAGUUUGAGCCUUCCUGCGAGAGUGUUGUUUGAUUGUGAUGCGUGUCAUUUUCUUUCAAGCUAUCAUAAUAGUGUUAAGAGAUCGGUUAGACGUGGAGUGUCCGGCACAUGUCUAGCCAAAUUGCACUGGAGGAACGUACAGCCUGCACAUCAGCUUAAGUUUCUCUUCUUUUGUCUUUCUUGUCUCUCUACCCUAUUACUUUCAAAUCCAACUCACGGCUGCUCUUCUCUUCUCUUUCCUCCGCCUCAAACAAUCUUGUAUAGAUUCGAAGGCGUGUUGAAUCCAACAGGCGUUGAGGGAUCCCAAACCACAUCCAAUCUUUUCAUCUUGCGAGCGCUACAACUUAACAGCUGAGGCGUGCGUUGCAGGCUCGUCCGCUAGGGCACAGUGGUCCCCCCAACCUCGAAGCUCGAUUCUAGGGCAUGCUACUAUCUCCAAAACCUCCAAACACGAAGCCGCUGCUCUCCAUUAUUAUUCUUUAACACCCACUAUUAGUACUAUCACUAGUACUUAUGAAUCGUAUCGAUUCAACUUAUGGUCAGUACCGACGCACUCGUGUAGAAGGAAUUCUGAGUCAGGGGGUUCCAUCACUUGAUAAAACAGCCGGCGGAACUGGAUAUCAUGAUCUCGGGGGCACUAUUCCCAGUGAUUUCUCAUUGAGCAACAAUACCCCGCAGAUCUCUACGCCGUACGAAUCGAUAAUAAAUGAGGAAAUUUAUUUAAGGGACCCAGAGACCUUUACAAACCCAACAUAUCUCACACCCGGGCCAUAUACUGCUACGAAAUCGACAGCCUCCAAUUCCAAUACUCUCACUCGCACGCCUGUGCCCGCUGUUGGGGCACAUGUUGAACACGGAAAACAUGGGACCUCUACUAGCUCAAAGAGAGGGAGAGAAACCGGCGGGAAGGGCGGCAGCCAGCAAGGCCCUGCGCACAAGAGGGCUAGACGAAAUCGUGCACCUUCUGUACGAAGUAGUAACGUUGGAGCGGGGGAUGAGGAUGAGGAGGACGAGGAGGACGAGGACGAGGAGGACGAGGAGAGUGAUGAAGACGAUGCGCCUAUCAUGAGCUCUGGCCCGAAAGAACCGAAUGUGCUCCUUUGUCCUAUGCCUAGCUGUCGCGGUAAGGGCAAGCAAUGGGACAAUUGGAACAACCUCAUCCAACAUCUACAAAAUACCCACAUUAAAGGGUUUAGCGUUUGCGAGCGGGGUUGCGGACGACGCUUUGGGCUCUCAAGCCAAUAUACCCGUCAUGUCUUUAAGCGUAAGAAAGAAUGCAAACCGUUACCAUUGAGCGGUCCCCCUCGGAGGAUACCUCCACUGGCCUUAGAUUUCAACCAUGCCGUUGCGAAGGUGAAGGGCCAAAAUUACGCAAGACUAAAGCAAGUCAUCGAGGCACACAACUACUAUGAUCUGGAAGAUCCUAAUCAUCCUGAACAUCGUGUAGAACCCUCUUGCUAUAGUACGAGCAGCCAGAACCUCCAUCAAUACAAUCCGCAAGGGCAACUAAUGCCAGAUUGGGUAGAGCAAAUCAUCAGGCUGCUUACAGGGCAUCAGAGAGUUUGCCAGAUGCAUCCUCAAACUGACCCACCACCCAGUGACCCUGUACGGGCGGACGGUCGGCUUAACGGUUCAUCAGGGUUAGUCGAAAACCAGCAUAUUCCACAAAAUUCAACAGAUCCUACGAUACCACUACAACUAAAUCAACCCGCCGCUCGCCGACCUCACGUAUAUGGUACGCAGCCCUCAGCUAUUGCUGCAUGUAUUCCGGAUUUUCAGAAUGGAUCUAGUUCUAGUAUAUCGGGGGGCUACACCCCAAGUUUUACGCGGCGAUUGGGUCAGGAUACUCAGGGCGGGGGUUUUGCGCGAUUUGGUACUGGCGACUAUCCUCAAGUCGUGGGAAGCGAUUACCUGAGUCAGUGUCCAACCCACACUGGUAGUUAUAUCGGAAAUAACACUCGUGCAAACCGUGGGGCCCCGCCAUCGGAGCCGGAUCACAGCCCUUUGCCAUCGGACAUUUUUCCCUUUGGCAUAGGGGUUCCCUAUGUGGACGGAACGAGUGAUGCUCCUCAUUUUAAUAUGGAGUCUUAAUGUAUAAAGCUCCCGCUUUUCUUCGGUGAAUUUUCAACAGCGUAUCCUUGGCUAGAAAUUGACCUCUGGUUUUGGGGGUUACUGCAGCCAGCCCCGAUGGAGGUCAUUAAGGAACCACCAAUUAUUCGGCUAUUCCACACUCGCUUUUAUCGCGCUCCCCUUUGUUAUUCCUUUCUUACGCCUAAACAAUUGAUGUUUUAGCCCCAUUAUUAACUAUUCCCUUUCACCUGUGGACCGUAUGGUAUGUGUCCCUACCUCUUCACUCCCUGAUUCCAAGAGUUUUUCUUUCUUUCUUGUCUUCCUUUCUCUCUCCCUCUUCCUUUUCCUUUGUUACGGGUCCCAGUUGGCAAUGGGGAAAGGGUCGGACACGAGGAGUUGGGGUAGACCCCUAGCUUUCGGGCAAUGACAGAAGGGGCAUAGAUCUUCCACAGAUCUUGAGGAAAAAGGAUAGGUAUAGACAGGUAGAUGAGGCACUCUAUUAAAAAACCAAAGUGCCCAUACGACUUUAUGAAGCUCGCCGAUCUUUCAUUACACUCCCUUGUUUUCCCUUCUAUAUUGCUUGUAUGUAAGAAAAACGGGAAAACAUAUCCCUAACGUUUUCCGGUAAGAAA